CUUGGUUCGGAGUAGAAUGAGCGCACACAGUUUCCGGAUCUCCACCGGAAGCCGGAAGUACUUCGUAGGCUAGGGAUUCCCUCUUCUGUUCGGCUUUUCACUUCCCCCUUCUCCUCCCUCCGGAUCAUCGCAGAUACUGAUGCAGGAUCCUCAGAGCCAAACCUGUGAAAUGUUUUGCUUCAACAAGAGGUAGAAGAGCUACUACCAGAGGUAUUAAUGAGCCUCCUAAAUGAUGAUGGCAUUCAGAGACAAGACUGUGGAUGAGCUGAAGGAGCUGCAGGACAAUUCAGAGGAGAUUGAACGCUUGGCAUUGGAGUCUAAUGAGGUUCAGGAUGUCCAGUUGGAAAGGGAGAUGGCUUUGGCCACAAAUCGCAGUCUGGCAGAGCGGAACCUGAAGUUUCAGGAACCCCUCGAAACAGGACGUGCAAACCUCUCAGACAAAUAUCAAGAACUGCAGAAGCUGGUCGAGCAAUGCCAGGAGCAAAAGGCAAAACUGGAGAAAUUCUCAGCAGCGAUGCAGCCUGGCACCCUGUUAAAUCUUCUGGAGGUAGAAGGGCAGAAAAUCGAAGAAGAAUCUGAGAUGAUGGCUGAAAAGUUCCUGGAGGGUGAAGUGCCUCUGGAGACAUUCCUGGAGCAGUUUUCCUCCAUGAGGAAGUUGUCCCAUCUACGGCGGGUGAAAGUGGAGAAGCUUCAGGAAGUGUUGAGGAAGUCUCAGUCUUCCCAAGAGCCAGCCAGAAGCUCUGCGUUCAACCACCAGCAUCCUUCCCCGAUGCCUUCUGGGCCUGCAAACCAGCAGCCGCAGAAUAGCCUGGCUGGGGGACUACCCUAUCCUUUACCUUACAGUCUAUCCCCUUGCAUGCCCACUGGCCCUUCAGCUCACGGAGCUCUCCAGCCAGCUUCUUUUGCAGGAGCACCUGUUAUGGUGGGACAUGUCACCUCCUCUCAGCCAAGUAGCCAAUUCUCAUUUCCGAAUAGAUCACCUUCAGGUCCUGGGUACCCACCUGUAUCUUCUAGCAAUUCAUUACCCCAGCCUCAGGUAGGAGACCCAUCUGCAUCCUCUGGGUACUCUUGGUCUCCCUCCAGAGCACCCCCUUCUGGACCAGGAUACCCUCAGCCUCCUGUUAGGGCUCCAUCUACAGGACCAGGAUACCCACAGUCUCAAUUUUUUCCACAAGCCGGAAGGCCGCAGUGCCCUUACCCUACCCAGCCUCCAGUGCCUAGCUACCCCAUCCCUUCCCAGCCUCCAUAUCCCACAGGUCCAAGCCCACCGUUUGGGUAUCCACCGCCGCCGCCCCUCCCCCCUCGGGGCCCUUCUUGGCCAGGAUACUAGUCCCUGUUCCCAGACAGUAUUCUUUUUCAUAGCAGCCUGAUGAAUUGAUUUUUGCUAGCUACUGAAGCCCAAGAUGAAAACUUGGGUGUAUCCUCUUGAGAGACAUACUUCCGUAAGCAUUAUAUUGAUGGCAUGUGUGGUUUGAUGCUGUAAGAGUUGGAAAGGAACGGCUGUGUGGGAUGGUUCCAUUUUCUGAGUAUCAGCAGGCAAUGACUGUUGGCAGCCUUCACUGGCCAGCUGUACUGACUAAGCAGUCCGUCCAAGCCAUAGUAUAAAAUACAAAUCUAGGCCCAGACACUUAGCUGACGUAUACUCACAUUGUUCCAAGUAAGCCGCUUACUGGCCGCAGCUUGGAUCUGGUCCUGUGUGUGUGUUUGUGUGCUCACGACUGUGUGUGUCAUUUUGUACUUUACUACGCUAGAGUAUCUAUAAUACAUAAAUAAAAUGAAUUCUGCUCAUUUUAUAAUUUCCACAAAACUCAUGAUGGAGAAAUCAGGUCAGCAUUUCUGAUGUGAAGAGCAUGUUUUCCAGAAGAGGAAUGAAUGUAUGAUUUCUCCUGGCAACAAGAAAACGUACUAUUUACUAGACAGUAGAUAGAAAGCACAGCCCAGCUAACACAAAUGGAGAAUGAAAAGCUCCCUCACCUAGCCUCAGCUGCAGUCAAGUGUCCAUUAAUCCGUCUAUGGUGGCCGUUCCCAUAGAGGUUAGCUAGUUUGCAUGUUCCUUUCCUCCAGUGUGUUUUCAUCAUGGCUUAUUUGUCUUUAUCCUCCCUUCUGAGGGUAAACAGUGGAUGUAUUAGUUGUACUAAUAAUUAGUAUGUGGAAGGUGUGAGCUAGAGGAUCUUGGAACGAUUCGUUGAACAAUAAGACAGCAAGUUGACUUUUAUAGAAAGUCAAAUCGCUCUGCGUUUUUAUACGUGGGAAUAAUGGACAAAAUGCUAUUGUUCCUCUUUCCAUUGUUGAUUGUAGUUUGCUUCACUGAAGCAUGUAGGCCUCUGUGGCUGCCCUUUUUCGUCAGUAACCUCUUAGUGUAAGAGAGGACUUUGAUAAUGAAAGCCUCUCCCUCUUCAUUUGUUGUCCCACUUCAGUUGACAAGAAGAAACACUGGCUACCAAUUGAGGAAACCGAGGGGAUCUAAUGUUGAUCAAAAUAGCUUUGCUAAGCACUUUAUCCUUUUGCUUGCCCGUAAUUUAUUUUUUAAAAAAUAGACUACUAAUAGAUUUGACCCGGUAGAACGCGCCUGGAAUUUGAUGGAAGCAAUUCCAUAUCUGUGAUUAAUUAUGGUAAUAAAACUUGGAUGAAUUGCACAGAAGCUUAUGAUUAUGACUUUUGGAAAUGGAGUUGUGGUGCUGGAUAUCUGAUAUUGAUGCUUCUUUUUUGCUUGCUAAACAUAUUCCCUUUGACGUCUAGUUUGUGUCAAUAAGGCCUUUCACCUUUCAUCUCACAGAGUCAUAUGUUUCCUGGUCGUAUCUGACUGUUCCUUGUGUCUGUGCCCUACUUAAGAGAUCCAUUUGUGCAUCUUUCUUCCCCAUGGACUAAUAAACUUUGCCCUUCUCAACAUCCUUCAA